AUUUCAAACAACACAUGGCGGUCUUUAUGAUAUUGUUCAGGCUAUUCGUCGAAAACAUGAGGGUUUUUAUCUCAGGUUGAAUCAAAUUGAACGGGAUGCCUGGCCACCACUGUUGUUCGGAAGCCUGUCCAAAUUUUUUUCCAUCGCGAUUCGGGAUCUACGUGUCGGUCUGUGGCCUUCGUUUCAACUGGCGCAAGUCAAUUCCAGCUGGUUGAACUGCGGUUAUCGUGCCAGACCCGAUGCGCGUCGGGCGCAGCGAUCCGAGACGAAAUCGGUCCCACGCCCUAUGCAGUCCGAUCAUUUGGAGGAAAAAAUGAACAUGGACUACUUGGAUUGGGCCACGAACAGCAAACUAGCAGCGGUACUCACGCUCACGUCUCUUCGAGUCACAUUUCACUGCAGUCGGGAUUGGUAA